AUGAAUCAGACAGGAGUACAGGACAAUGCCAGUUACAUUCAGAUUGGAGGCAAAUCACCAGACAGUGGGCACUUUACUUCUGAGCAUGACUCUGGGUUCCUGACCGCUGUUUGGGCUUCAGUCCAGAAACCUACCUCUGGUAACUGCAUUGGUCAAAUGGACCUGUGUUCCAACAAGCUGCUGCACAUAACUGGACAUCUGAGGAACAUCGAUGGCAAAUUCCAGAGCCUCCGGGAGCUUUUCCAAAGAGAAGGAGCUGUUGUUUCAGGAGCUGUUGAAGCUAAAUUGGCAGAUUUGCUGCAGGCCGUCUCUUCCCUCCUGAGCAAGUAUCCUGCUUUGAAUUGUGAAGUUAUCCAGCUUGCCACAUCAGCCCUCAUCACCAGCCCCCUCACAGCCAAGAGGAAUGAAAUUGAGAAGUGGCGGAAAGAAUUCAAAGAUCAAUGGCUAAAGGAACAGAAAAGAAUGAAUGAUUCACUGUCAUCCUUGCGCAAGUCCCGCCUUCACUACAUACAGCGCUGCGAGGAGUUGGAGAAAGCCAAGCUGCUGAGUGCCAAGGCAGAAGAUGAGUACCAGGUCAUAGCAGCAACCCACCCUGGCAGCGCCAACAAGCAGCUGGAGAAACGGCGCCGCUCUCGUGAGGAGGCACAAGUGAAGGUUCAGGAAACAGAAGUUUCUUACAAGAUGUGCAUCAGUGAUGCCAACUCUCGUCGGCAGGAGCUGGAAAAGGUGCGGGAGAGAAUUGUCUCCCAUAUCCGGAAACUCAUUUACCAAGGAGAUGAGGUGCUGACACGGGUCACCUUGAGGAUGUUCAAGUUGCAGCAGACUCAGGCAGAGAAGAUUCCAGUGGGGUACGAGAACAUGACUGAGUACUGCAAGCCCUACAGAAUGGGUGAGAAAUAUCUGGAAUUCAUUCAGAAGCUGCAGAAGAAAGAGAUCCCCAUGGAGGUGUUUGAAUUUGAAGCAUUUAUUCCUGCAGGGCAGAGGUCUCCUCCUAGUGGCAGAAAAAAGAAUGCAGUGCAAUACUCCUGCAUCUCAUCCUCUGCAGCUGAUCUGAGCACCUACGCAGAAGAUGCAUCAGGAAAGCAGUUUUCCACAAACAGUGAACAAAGUGCAAACAAGUCCUUCUACAGUGACACAGAAAGCCUGGGUGGGAGCUGCGAAUCCCGGUCCCUGGACUCUCCCACCUCUAGCCCAGGGCACCAAAGUAGGAAGUUGCUAAAAGCUUCAUCCACAGGCACCAUGUCCUCCUCGGAUGAUUUUGAAGAGAGAGAUUCAUGUCAAACAUAUGAAAAUGAAAAUGGAUCAUCCCAGUGUCAGUUUAAGAACAUCUCUCUGUCGAGUGCAGCACAGACCCACCGGCUGCGGAAAUUGCGGGGUCCGUCCAAGUGCAGGGAGUGUGAAACCUUUAUGGUCAGUGGCACCGAGUGUGAAGAGUGCUACCUGACCUGCCACAGGAAGUGCCUAGAGAACCUCCUGAUCACCUGCGGCCACAAGAAGCUGCCCAGCCGAGUGCCCCUCUUUGGCAUCGACUUCACACAGGUCCCUCGGGAUUUCCCGGAAGAGGUUCCAUUCAUAGUUGUGAAAUGCACCUCAGAAAUCGAGGCACGUGCCCUCGGAGUGCAGGGGAUCUAUCGGAUAAGUGGAGCCAAGGCCCGGGUGGAGAAGCUCUGCCAGGCAUUUGAAAACGGGAGGGAGCUGGUGGAGCUCUCAGAACAUUCUCCUCAUGACAUCACUGGCGUCCUGAAGCAUUUCUUGAAGGAGCUGUCAGGGCCAGUGCUCCUGUAUGAGCUCUACGAUGAAUUAAUCGCGCUUGCCAAGGACCUGCAGAGACCUGGGGAAGGGAAGAGAGACAGCUCAGGGUUCUCAGCAGAUCCCAUUCAAAGCAUGAAGGACUUGCUGAGCAAACUGCCUGGGACUAACUACAACACCCUGCGACACCUCAUUGCACAUCUGUACAGGGUGGCUCAGAGAUACGAAGAGAACAAGAUGUCUCCCAACAACCUGGGGAUAAUCUUUGGGCCAACGCUGAUCCGGCCCGGCUCAGGGUGCGAUGUCUCCAUGUCAUGCCUUGUAGACUCUGGGUACCAGGCCCAGAUUGUGGAGUUUCUCAUUCUGAGCUACGAGAAGGUCUUUGGGAUGGAUGACUUGCCUCCGUCUUUGUAUGAAAACACUUCGCAAGAAGCCUUGGCAGAGAAGGACAAAGAGGAGAAGCAGAGCACUGAGAAAGCCCAGGGUGUGACCACAGAGAGUUUCUCCUUCAAGCAUGAUUCAAGUGAGGGCUACGUGUCUGAUAAGUCAUCUUCCAGUGAAGCCAUCAAUGAGCUGACAAUGGAGGGAGCCCACAGUCCCCUGAGCACAGAUCCCUUAGAUUUGAAUAGAAAUGAUGGCUCUGAGCUGGAGGACCCUGAGGAAUCAGUGCACGAAAAGCCAGAUCCAGAUUCUGAUUCAGUUCUAGGGACGCAACCCAGGGGGUACUUCAGCCGGCAGCCUGUGAAGUAUCCUCGAGCGGCACAGGCCAAAAUGAGGCCAAUCAUUCACAAACCUUCCAGCUUGUCCUUGAUGGCUGCUGCUCUGUCAAGCCCUCUGAUGGAGGCUGAUGCCGAAGGCAAUCCUGCAGCCUGCAGCCCUUUGACGAAGGAAGUCCUGGAGAAGAAAGGCAGCAGGAGUAGCUCACCAGAGACCAGCACACUGCAGCGACGUUCUGGAGGAAAACAGCAACUCAGACAUUUUGAGAUCACCCAGGAAACUGCCAGGAUCGUCUCCAAGUUUCAAACCAACAACACUUCCACAGGGUCCCCUGAAGUUUCUCUGGAAAGGACAAGCACAGACUGCACUGAACCCGAACCAAACCCUGACCUGGGGACACCAUCCCAGGAAAACCUUUGUGAACAAUGA